AUGCCCGUCCGCCACAUUGAUCAAGACGUUGCCGCUGAGCUCGUGAAAACGGCGCAGACUAUUUGCACGCCUGGAAAAGGAAUCUUGGCUGCAGAUGAGUCCACUGGAACCAUCAAGAAAAGAUUCGAUGCUGCUGGUAUUGACAAUACGGAAGCCAACAGAGCUGCCUAUAGAUCCCUUCUAUUCACCACUCCGGAUGUGGGCAAGUAUAUAUCGGGAUCUAUUCUCUACGAGGAGACGCUCUUCCAGAAGGCUCCAGACGGCACUCCUAUGGUUGAGCUCCUCCGUAAAGCUGGCAUUAUCCCUGGCAUCAAGGUCGAUAAGGGUCUAGUUGCUCUGCAUCUCUCCGACCAGGAGACUGCUACCCAAGGUCUCGACGGUCUCGCUGAGAGAUGCGCUAAGUAUUAUCAAGCUGGAGCCAGGUUUGCCAAAUGGCGUGCUGUGCUGAAGAUCAGUCAAGCUAAGCAUCAGCCGUCUCAGCUGUCUAUCGACGAGACUGCUCAUACCUUGGCCCGUUAUGCUUCUAUCUGCCAGGAGCAUAGGAUCGUUCCUAUCGUUGAGCCCGAGAUCCUGGCUGAUGGCACUCAUGAUAUUGAGACAUGUGCCUAUGUCACUGAAAGAGUCCUCACCGCUGUGUUCAAGGCCCUGAAUGAUCAUCACAUUCUCCUUGAGGGGUGUCUGCUGAAGCCUAAUAUGGUCACUGCUGGCAUGCAGUGCUCUAAUCGUCCUAGCCCUGCAGAUAUUGCUCGCUAUACAGUUCGCACACUGCAGAGGACUGUGCCCCCAGCCUUGGUUGGGGUCACUUUCCUGUCUGGUGGUCAGAGUGAAGAGGAAGCUUCGGUCAACCUGUCCGCCAUGAAUGCCAUGCCGAAGGAACGAAGGCCUUGGGCUCUAACCUUCUCCUAUGGUCGUGCUUUACAAGCUACCGCCAUCAAGACUUGGGCUGGCAAGGCCGAUAACGUGAAGGCUGCCCAGGAAGCCUUCGCCUAUCGUGCCAAAGCCAACAGCGAGGCGCAGCUGGGCAAAUACAAGGGCACUGAGGGUGGCCCGGGUAGUGAGAGUCUUUAUGUAGCUAACUAUGUCUAUUAGGCUUAUUCGCCUAUAACUGAUUAAAUGUCAUUUGUCACCACGAAAUAUUAAAGUAUGAGCCUAAUAUAAGAGUCAAUCGUUGAUACUUCCUUUUGCGAUUCACUUGACG